GUCUGAAACUCAUAACUUAAUUACCUUGGCCAGGUUAAGGCCAGGUGUUUAUUUCAGUCUUUAAUUGAGUUCAUAUAUGAUAUUUACAUUAGUGUUUCCAAAUGAAUUUCAGACUUGUCAAUCAGAGAAACCAAGAAAAGACCAAAAGUCUUCCCCCUGUCAGUCUGUCCUUGUUUAUUCCUUUGUUGUGGUUUGGGGAGAGAGCAUGUGUCAUUGAUAGGGACGGUUUUUAUUCUGUUUAAUCAUUUCAAUACACAAUUGAUGUUACUUGUGUAUUUAAUCUUAUAUGGUAAAUUGUCAUUUAAUGAUUUUCAUUUGGUUAUAAACCACGAAUCUCACUGCCACCUACUAAAAUGCUAGAAUUUGCUCCAGUUAUAAACCUGUGCCCAGAAGCAAUCAGCAUAGUGGGAGAAAUAAUUGAUAGGGAUGAUGUGUAUUGGACAUUAAGUUCAAUGGCUUAGAAAAUGUCUACCUUUUACUUGUGUCCUGUGUAUUCUGCUCUCCAUUACUUAACACCCUACACCUUUAUUUGGUCACACCUCAGGUAGUGAAGUUUCAUUUUAUUUACAUGUGGUAACUUGCUUCUCUGAAAGAACACCAAUGUUUGCUGAGUUUUUAAAGGAAUCAAUAUACACUGGGACAUUCAUUCAUCUUUCUUUGAAUGAUAGAUAAGGCAAGGGGCUGUGGCCAUGCAAUGGGGGCCUGAUUUAAAUCUAUUUUUAAAAUUCAAGACUUUAAAGAGGAAAAGAGGGAUUCUUGACAAGAAAAAAAAUUAAUAUGGAGAACCCCUUGAGAUGUAAAGAGCUUAGUGAAAAAGGGGACAGGAAAAUUUUUAGAGGUUUCAAGACUAUAGAAUGACAAUGGGGGAUCAGAUUAAAGAACAGACAAUUGGCUUUAUUCAUUUCUGUUAUCCAAUCUUCCCUUCCUAUUCCUCAACUGACUAGUAUUAUUUUGUUGGAACACAAGGUCUAUCUAGACCCUUCUCAUACCAAAGCCUAGUGUUGAACUUUCAAUGCGAAAACAAGGUAGACCAACUGGGUUCCAGCAAUGAAUUUAGAAAAAAGGUGGCAACCCCACAGCUUGUGUAAAUUUACUGGAAACAUACUUGUGAACCCGGUAGAUUGACUACCUGUGUGUAUUGGCACAUGUCAUUUCCAUGUAUUGUACAUUUGAUAACACUGAUAUGAUUAUAGAUAGACCAGAUAUAUGUUUAGUAUAUGAAUUUAGUACAUGAAUUUUAAGUGUCUGAGUUUACGAAAUUUUUUAACAUUAUAUUACACAAUUUGAUAGAGAUAACUUUCAAAGCAGCAUUUCUGGUCAUACUGCCUAGUUGACCCAUAUUUAUGCACCAUUUAAGUAUAAUGCAGUAUAUAACUAAGAAUCCAGACUUUGUUGGUAGUGUGAGAAGUACAGUGCUUGACCUGAUAUAUGUGUCAAUUUAACUGCAUAUACAUUUUGUUCUGCAGUCGUUUUGUCAGAUUCAUUAUUGUUUAUGUGACAAAACCUUCACUAUAAGAUGUAGGUAUAGGGAUAUACAUGUACAUUGAUUUAUAUGUACAACUUGUCACUUGUCAGUGUGAAAAGUAAAGAUCAUUUUUCAGCAGUCUUUAUUUGGUGCAUCUUCUCUUGAUGCAUCUGCUGACGUCAAGGCAAAAAUUUCUUUGAAGUGUCCAGAAUUUCAUUCAUAUCAUCUCAGCUGAGGCUGUUCUUUACAGCAAAGUCCCAUGGUAAGGCCUUCAAAUGUUCUUUGUAGCCAAGUCCCAAUGGUAAGGUCUUAAAAUGUUUGUACACAAAUGUUUAUGUAGAGCUCAGGAAUCUAUGCGAGCAUUUUGAAUAAGACAUAUAUGUAUCUUGAUUAAAUGGAUGUAUGUAAAUUUGCCUCCUUGUCAAAAUUUAAAUAGACCAGGUUUGAUAAAAGAAAGUAGCUCUGAGACCUGAUUGAUAUUCAGACUAUGGGUCGUGUGGUGAUCAGACUUUAGCUUCUGCUCAUGGUCAAUACACACCUGAUAAUGUCCAGGGAACUUGUAAUAAUGAACAGCUGAAAAUGAUGGUAAUUGGAGAAACUUUAUGUUAAGAAUCUUCAAGUGUUCCCAGACAUCGACUGUUGACAAAAGGCAUGCUGUGAUCACCUUUGACCAUUACCUGGACAAAUUCAAAAUCAAGGACCUCAGCACCAGUCAUGGGACGUAUGUGAACGACAAGAAGAUCCACGACCAGGAAUACGUCACGCUGGAUCACAUGGACACCGUCAGGCUCGGCAAUGAUUCCACAGUAUACCAUGUGGAGAGGGUACCAGACUCGGGCGUGUCGUCAGGGGACAUACAGAUAGAGAAGGCGCCCCAUUCAAUGCCCAACUGGGCGUCCCGGGAACUCCCCCACAUGAUGGAAUGCCAGCCAGUUCCAUAUCGAGGACUUGUAUUUACUUACCCAAUCAUGUCCUGUUUGGGCUGUAUAGCAGAGCAGAGAAUCGCGCACACUUGUGGAAAUCAUACAUUAGACAAUGUCAUUAGUCAAAGAGAACAGAUGCAUAUGGCUGCAGAUAUGCAGCAGCAGCACGUGCACCACUCGCACAACGUGCCUCACAGACCUCAUGUGCACUCGCAUCCACAUCCGCAGGAAUACUCAGGGCACCAGAUUAAACAUUUAGGUGAUUAUCCUCCUCAGGAGGGGGAGUAUCUGAGAGGAAGUGACUAUCCUCAUACUAGUGAAUAUCCACAAACUAGUGACUAUCCACACACUAGUGAAUAUCCACCAGUUAAUGAGUAUGUGAGGAGUAGUGAGUAUCAGGAUAGUGGACAGGAUACACGAGAGAGAAGAGGACUGAUGAUGACCACCCAUCAGGAGGAACAGAGUAAGAGCAAUCAAUCGGGGCUGGGUUCUAACACCUGGCCACGCAAACGAAUUCGAGUCCGCAACACCGCCAAUAUCAGCACGUUUUUCCAUGUUUUUGAUGAGGACACUAGUGGUUCUAGAAUGAGUAUUGAUGACAAUAGCUAUGCAUGCAGUAGAGUCCUGAGGGGCGAAGGCGGUCACCCCGACAACCUCCCCCCAGAGUUGGAAACGGUGAAGAAAGGCACCCCCCUGUACGGUCAGCCUGAUUGGUGGGGCGAGGAAGAGGUCAAUGGAAAUGUUACAGAAACCCCAAAACCACCAAAGGAUUUGCCAUUGAGCAACACCUACCCCCCUCCCACUGAUAAUACAACCACACCCUCUGCAGACUUGUAUAGCAUGUCUUCUAACUCCUCUGUCUCCAAAGACAGUCUCCUGAAUCCAUCCUCCCCAGAGAAAUCCACGUCAGAGGGGGUCCAACCCCCACCCUCCAAGAUGCCUGAAGGAGGUGCAUGCACAGCAUUCACUGUGGACUUUGGUGAAGAAUCCCCAAAGAAACCCAUGGCUGGGAAAUCCCUUAGUGAGUUCAUGCCCUCCAAGAUCCGGAAGAGCUUCAAGGACCGGAAAGAAAAGGUUCUUGGUACCAAGACUGGUAAAGAAGCAACUGGGAAAGACUCCUCACCGGGGAGUGAAAAGGGCUCUGAUAUAAUGUCCCCUGUACAGCAGAAGAAAAUUGAGGACAUCUGGUCCUCACCCACAAGGAAGGCCAGGGAUUUAAAGAGGCCAGCCAAAUCCACGGAGCAGGAACCAAAACCUGACACCACUCCAAAGAAGCCAGCACAGAAGACAGGCUUGCAUAGAAGAAGUUUAUCAACAGGCAGACCUAUACCAGCCAAACUGUCCAGACCUAAAGAGAAUGGAGAGGUAGCUACUCCUAAGUCCCCAAAACAACCCAAAGGAAAGGAACUCACUACUAGUGACAGUGCCUUCUUUCUGAUCGACAAAAUGUUUGCCAGUGAUACCAAGUCUCCUGCUAAAGGCAGACGUACCCCUAGAUCUCUAAAAGCUGACAAACCUACAGCAAGUGAGCAUUCCACUCACCCAGAGGCAAAAAUGCACGAGUCUUCAGUGUCAAAGACACAAAGUGCAAAGGUUGGUAGAAAGCCAAUCAUUAUGAGGAAGGAUUCCAACAAGGCUGUUCCACAAUCCAAGAAGUCUCCAUCGGAGAAAAAGGGGAAAGUCAUACCUUCCUCUGCUGCUCCUGUUGAUAAUACAGACAAUGUGAGUGAGACAGGAACUUACACUAUAGAUGGUGAGUUACCGUCCAAGGAGGAAGAAUCUGCUCGUAAGGACAUAGAAACUGUGUUUGGAAUUAAGGAUACUCAAUCCACUGUCUCAGAUUCUGUGGAGGGGCUCUCCACAGAUAGAAAACCAUCCUCAGAGGACUUGAUCCUUGAGAACUUGGAGGAUGAGGAGGACUUGAGGAGCUUGGAGAGAAAGAGAAGUCGAGGACCAGAGGGCAGUAGUCUGGAGAUGGAGGUCGGAAGUUCAGAGGUCACUGACCUCAGGAUUACAGAGGAUGAACAGGAGAACCCCUCAGAUGCAAACACUGCUCCCACUUGGGUGACCCAAUGGGCGGCCUUGACCAAUAAAAGCAAGACUUCCGAACCUAGCAGUCCCAGUAGUAGCGUCUCUGAUAAAGAUACCAUGCUGUCACCUGACUCAAAAAAGCCUUCAAAAGGCUUGAGUCGGAAACGUCCUGGAACAGGUAGAAAAUUACCCACAAUCCCUGGUAAAAGCCCAGACGGGAGCAACUGCAGUUCACGACUGAGUCAGAGUACAGACAGCCAGAGUCCUAGGUGUCCCUCCACGCCGAGAUACGGCGAGAACAACAACAUCGCAGACAAGCAGAAGUCUGUCACAAUAUCUAGUCAUGUAGUCAAACGUUAUGAAGGCACAGACACUGAAUCUAUUUCCCAAACAAAAUUUGAAAGUGAAUCAGAAGUGACAUCUGUGUCAAAGGAAGAGGACUUAUCAUCCCCAAAAGGUUCAGCACGAAGUUCAGCCAGUGUUGAGACUGAGGUCCUGCUAAAGGACACAGAAACUGUCAUGGCAGCCAUGGAGGCACGCAUGGAUUCCAAGUCCAGUGGAUUACAAAAUGGACACAUGCUGGAUGAUGUGGAUAACUUAUCUGACAAUGAGAGCACAGCAGCCCUUGUGAAUGGACAUGAAGGAUUCUUAAAAUCCAGUUCCUAUACUAGUCCUCGUGAAUCUCUAGCAAAGUCUAGGGGUUUACAGCAACACAAGUCUGUGACAAGAGGGGGCUCUGCUAGUGAAAGACUUCAAGCAUUCCGUGAAAGAAACUACAAAAAUGCAACACCCCCUGAAAACUCAGUGGUAUCUGAUGUGUUAAGUGAAAAUUGUGAUCUCAAUCAAUCAACAGACAGGACCAGUGAAUGCAGUGAUUCAAGUGCUAGUUUUAAUAGAUCUGGCUCAAAGGGAAAAGGUACAAUAAGCAUGACCCGACCCAACAGGGCUUUCCAGUUGAGGAGGGCUCUGGCAGACGGAGAUGCACCAGACACUCCUAGUUCAGGAGUCUCGGAGGCUGUGUCGCUGACCAAUGUGUCCGCCGUCAGUUCUACACGGUCUUUCAAAAGUUCCACUCCCACCCGAUCCAUGAAGGCCAGUAACAGACUCAGCUAUCCAUACACCAAGCAGGACUCCGCCAGAAGCAAGGAGAGCCUAGGAGCUGCCAUCGUUCAGAAGAGCAGGGAGGGGGGUGGUUCCUCGUCCAGGAGUAACGCUAGUCUAGGUGCUCAAAUAGCUAACAAAGCAUCUCGCAAUAAUCAAUCCUCAGGAAAUUUGGCCAACUCCUUCAACAGAAGCGAUGGCGGUCGGUUCAGUCUGAAACUGAACAGGUCUCUAAGUUCUCAAGACUCUAUUCAUAUGGACAGUAGCAAUUCCUCUACACGCAAACCUGACUUGAAAAAUGUGAAAUCAAAGUUAAAGUGUACCCCCACUUAUGGUCUUUCAGUGACUGGAAUUCACAGUAGUAGGAGUAGUGUAACUUCUGCUUCCAGUCGAUCCAAUUCCCCAAAAUCUGCUGAAAAAGCAGCAUGGAAGAGAAGAAAGGAGUAUGACCCAAGAAGAGCUGUGGCAGAGGCCAAGGCUAAAGCGAAAGAUGUCAAGGUCAAAUUGGACAACCAGGGUAAACCAAAAAUGAUUAGGUCAGCAUCUUUCACCAACUCGGCUGAGCUUCAAAAAUACAGGAGACAGGCUCUCCAGCAGAAAGACUCGGUAUCAAGUCCGGACGAUUUGAGCUGUGCCAGUGAGGGAGCGGACACUGUGUGUAGCAGUGUGUAUCAGCGGAGCUUCAUUCCAUACUCCGGCCGGUCCCAGUCAAGUCGAAUCUUUCCGAGUUCUGAGGAUGAAGAAAGUAGCCUAAUUGUCAAGUCAACUCAGGAUCUAACCAGUGGCCUUUGCGGACGCUUUAAAUCAGCAUUCACCCCACCUCCCCAGAAUGCUGCCCCCUCUCCCCCUCUUAUGCCCCUGUCAGUAUUUAAAAAGCGAAACUCGUUUGAGAGUCACGAGACUCGUCACGGAGUGGCCAGACACAGAGCUUCACUCGAGCCUCAGCAGUCCUAUGACAACAUCUUGGUGUCCUCCAUUUAUCAGCUGUCACUCAAACUCAAAACCAACACGGAGAAAACCCUCACAAAGCUCAAAGAGGACCAGAGAAUUGAGGACAUGUCCUCCCCCUCACCUAUUGAUGACAUUCUAAACCAAUCGUCUUCCAAUAGCGAUAUUCCUGGAUGGAAGACAGCCAAUCAGGAGCUAGCUGCCAUCCUCUCAAAUCUGAGGAAAACGGAGCACAGGAUACACAUGAUGCAAAAAGCACUGUAUCCAGAUGAUGACAGCUGCUCAGACUCCCCGGGAUUGUCUGGUCGAGAGAAGAGGGAAUACCUCCAGGAAAUUGAGAGAAUCCGCAGCGAACUUGCAGGAUUCCAGCCCAUUGCAAAACCCCAAAUCAAGGACGACCAAGCUUCCAUUGAAUCGGACUGUGAAGAAUUGGGGACUGCUGAUGAGUUCUUUUGAUGAUGUCUUCAGACAUUUCAAAUUCUUUUUCGAAUUUUCUCCAGCCAAUUGUAUUCUAGUCUCGACAUGGAUGGGAUCACAGAGGAGAUUCGCUUCAGUUUGGAAGCUCAUUUCUUUGAAACAUUUAGAAUUCCAUUGGUUUUUUAUGUAAAUGGCAAAAUAUCAUAGAUGCAUAUUAAAGUAGAAAAUAUGCUUGUAGCAAAAAUGAUUACAGGAUGUUGUUGAUAGGUGUUCAUAAGCUUAAGCAAGACAGUGCAUCUUCUGCUUACAAAAAUCUGACAUUCUGCUCUUUAUUUUGGAAGACUGAAUUGUGUGUUGUGAGUUGUACUGCUGAUUGGUAGAAUGUGGAGGGUUUGAAUGUCUGUUGGUGGAUGUGUGGAGAUGUGGUGGAUGAACGGCCCCCUGGAUAAGACUGUUACAAUGUGGACUCUGUGAUACAUGUGGUAGUGCUUUUUCUGGCUGUGAUCCUGCAUUAGUGGCAUUUUACAGUGUUUUAUGGAUAUUAACCAAGAUAUUAUGCAACAUCUUACUGGGGACCAGUUCAAUGGUGAAACUGCUUUGAGAGUUGCGAAUUUUCCUAGAUAUACAUGUAUGAUUGUCAAUAGAGUGACUUACUUUUUAUCGAUAGGAUUUAUGAUGAAUUAUCUGAAUUUUAAAUUUUUUUAUAGUUUCACUAGGUGGCUACCUUGGUAGCCUUGAGAAAAAAUAUACUCAUUUUUGCCAGAAAUUCUUUAUGUUUAUUGAACAAUAUUUGUUCUUCUGUGUUAAAAUUGUGUCUCAGAUCAGUAAAUGUUUUUUUUUUUAUUUUUGACUUUUUAAUUAAUACCUGGUAUUUUUUUAUCAGUCGAAUUCACUGUUAUCACAAUACAUGCAGGUGCAUGUUUGUUUGUUUUCUAUUUUGUUUGUUUUGGAAUUUUGAAGAAACAAGGGAGAAAACUUUAUUAAUAUAAGAAAGUUAAAUUAAUGAAUUUUUAAAGCUUAAGUUUCAAUGUGUUGUUAAGUUAUGUGAACUUUACCACACGUACCAUAUAUAUUAAACAGCGUUUAUAAGCUAAGUAUACACAGCUCGUGUUUAUUAUUCAAUUGUUGUAAUUUGUGACUGAGUCACAUUUUUUGGUUGAUAAAAUUGUCUGGGAUAUCAAAUGGUUGUUCAAAGUUGCUCUUUUUUUGACAUAUGAAGUUUUGAUAUCUUUUUUUUUAUUUUUUGUUUAUAACAACAGAAAAAUGUGUUGUUGAGUUUAGAGAUUUCAAUACAUGUAUUUCAUACUGCUUUUGAGUGUUGCUAGAAUUCAGAUUUAUUGAAUGCAUUCCAUUGAGAUGAAAUGGAUCUUUACGUGCCUGUAAUUGUUUAUGUUGUCAUGGUUUCCUCUUUUACUUUUAGUUAUGCUUCAAGCAUAUUGUGGUUGUCGGACAGACUUCAAGCAAAAAUUGCAGUCUGGUUGCAAUAUAUUUUGUAUAAAUUCCAUUUAUUUACAAUGCCUUAGUUGCCAUGAACAAAUUGUUUUAUAUACUAGAUAAUUUAAUAAAUUGAUGCCGUAACGUGA